GCGGCUCGCCGCGCGCGAGCCGCUGGCCGCGCGGCGCGCGGCGCCGGGCUCGCGCCUCGCGCGGCUCCUCUGGGCCUACGCGCUCCUCGUCGGCCUGCCGUCGCUGUACGGGAACAUCGCGCAUGUCACGACGGACACGCCCUUCCGCCGCGCGGCGCUCGCCGCGGGCUUGUCCGUGCGCUACGCCAUGUUCCCCUUCGCGCGCGACGACGCCUGCGUCGACGCGCGCCUCGUCCGCGUCGCGUACGGCGACGACGCGGCCGGCGCGCCCUACGAGGCCUUCCUCGACGGGCGCCGCGUGCCCGACGGCGACGUCGCCGCGUGGGCCGGCGCCGUCGGCGUCGCGCCGGGCGCGUCGCGGCGCGGCGACGUGCUCCGCGCCUACGAGGCGCUCGGCGCGGGCGGCGACGGGCCGGGCGACGGCCGCCGCGACUGCGACGCGGCGGCGCGCGCCUUCGCCCGCGGCGACCUCCCGGGCCCGCCCGCGGCCGUCCAGCGGCUCCGCGUCGUCCGGGACCUGCCGCGCGCGGGCGACCACCACGUCGCCGCGCAGCACCCGCGCGGAGCGCCGCCGACCGGCGCCUGGCUCGCGGAGCCGGGGCACCGCGCGGGCCUCGGCUGGGGCGCGUUCCCGCGCGCCGUCGCCGUCGUCGACGCGGGCGCCUUCGACUGCGACGCGGGCGCCUUCGAGGAGCCCGGGCCCGCCAUGUUCUUCGAGGAGCCGCGCCUCUUCUUCGACGACGACGCCGCGCCAUCCUCGACGGCGAGCGGCGCGCACCCGACGGACGACGCGCUCGCCGCCGCGGAGCGCGGCAUCCUCGACGGCGCUCGGCGCUGGCUGCCCGUGUCCUGGCGGCGCUGCGGCGCGGCGCCGGAGCGCGACUACGUCGUCUGGGCGCGGCUCGACGUCGCGAACCUCACGCGGCGGGCGCUGCGCCUCGACGCGGCGGCCGCGCCUCCGCCGCGGCUGCUCACGGGCGUCGACUUCCUCGUCGCGUCGGCGCCCGCGGCGGCGCGGUCGCCGGGCCUGAUCCUCAAGACGUCGCGGUGCGGGUCGACGGUCGCCGGGCGCAUGCUCGCGGCGUCGGGCGCCGUCGCCCUCAUGGAGCCGAACCUCGUCAUGGCGCUGCUGGACCACGGGAGCGACGCGGCGCUCGGCGCCGCGCGCGCGGCCUACGCCCACUUCGCCGCGGCGGCGCCGCCGGGCGCCCCCGUGUUCCUGAAUUUGUGGCUCGGGUCCGAGGCGGCCGCGGCCCGGGCGCUCCGCGCGUUCCCGGCCGCGCGCUGGGCCUUCCUCCACCGCGAGCCCCUCGCCGUCGUCCGCUCGACGCUGCGGAGCCGGCCGACCUGGCUCGCGGUGGAGGAGGAGCACAUCGCCCGGGGCCAGGGGAGCUCGCGCGUCGACGAGGCGGACCUCGCGGCAUCGCCCAUCGACGCGCGCGCGCGCGCCGUCGCGCGCGCCGUCGGCGCCGCGGUCCGCAACGCCGUCGCCCACGCCGCGGGGGCGCGCGCCGGGCUGCUCGUGCCCUACGAGCGCGUCGUCCCGGGCCUCGCGGGCGGUUUCGUCGCAACCCACUUCGGCCUCGCGCGCGGCGCCGCGUCGGCGGCGCGCAUGCUCGAGGCCGCGGCGUGGGACGCGAAGAACGCGACGGCGCGCUUCGUCGCGGCCGAGCGUCCGGCGGAGCCGGCGCUCGAGGCGGCGGCGCUGGCGGCGGCGGCGCCCCUCGGCGCGACGGCCGCCGCGUGCGCGGGCCCGGGCGCGAAGCGCGCGUACUGCGAGCUCCUCGAGCUCCAGCGCCGCCAGGACGCGGCGCGCGCGGGGGAGCUUUCGCCGGCGACCUUCGCGGCGCUCCAGUCGGGCGCGCCGCUCUGGCCCGGCGGGCCGGGCGUGGUCGCGGCGCCCUACGCGAACGUCUCCGCGGACCGCCGGCCCGGCGGGCUCGCCGCGGCGCCGCGCGUCGACGGCCGCGACGGCGCGGCCGUCGCCGCGGCGCUGCGCGCGCGCGUGCCCGUCGUCGUGGAGCACCUCGCGGACGCGCGCGCCGCGCGCGAGGCGCUCCUCGCGGCGCCGGCCGCCCUCGACGGCCUCGCCGGCGCGGCCUUCGCCUACGACGGCGACCUCUUCCGGUGGGCGCCGCCCGGGGCGGAGGCGGCGCCGGCCGCGGACCGCGAGGCGACGACCUACGGCGCGUUCCGCGCGGCGGCGCGCACCGACGGCCGGACGCGCCACUUCGAGCUCGUCGAGGCGGCCGGCGGCGCGGCCGCGCUGCCGGAGGCGCUCGCGCGCGCGUUCCGCGGCCUCGACGCGCUCGCGCCUCCCGGCGCCGUCGCGGACCCGGGCGCGGGCGCGUGGAACCUCCAGGCCGGCGCCGACGCGUACUACAGCGACCUCCACUACGACGCGCGGGACAAUGUCUUCGCGAACCUGCUGGGGUCCAAGCGCUGCGUCCUCGCGCACCCGGCGCACUCGCACGAGCUCUACCUGCCCGCGGACCGGCUCCAGCCCGCGGCUGUGCCCGCGGGCGAGCCGGGCAUGGCCCUCGGCGACGUGCAGGCGCGGAACUCGGCCGUGGACCCGCGCCAACCGGACCUCGCGCGGCACCCGCGGUUCGCCGAGACGCGCUGGGUCCAGGCGCUCCUCGCGCCGGGCGACGUCGUGCCCGCGUUCUGGCACCACGCGUUCGACGUCGCGCGCGCGGCCGACGACGCCGACGGCGACGCCGACGUCUUCGUCGCGCUGAACCGCUUCGCGCGGGGCGGCGGCGGGCCGCCCGUGGCCUGCGGCGCGGCGCCGCGGCCCGGGCCGCCCGAGGCCGCGGCCGCCGCGGCGCUCGCGGACGCGCGGGGCAUCCCCCGCGUGGCCAUGGGCUUCUACGGCGUACCGCCCGGCGCGGCGUCCGCCGCGCACGCGGCGCGCGCGCUCUCGCUGGGCUACCGCCACCUCGACACGGCGGAGAUGUACGGCAACGCGGGCGACGUCGGCCGCGCGGCCGCGGCCGUCCGGGGCGACGUCUUCCUGACGUCCAAGCUCGACAUGCGGGACCCGCGGCGGUCGCGGCGCGAGCUCCUCGACCGCGCGGCGGCGCAGGCCGCGGCGCUCGGCGGCGCCGCGGACCUGCUCCUGCUCCACUCGCCCCACGCGCCGACGGCCGGCGACCGCGUCGGCGCGUGGCGCGCGUUGCUCGCCGCGCGCGACGCGGGCCUCGCGGCCUUCGUCGGCGUGUCGAACUUUGGCAUCCGCCACCUCGAGGAGCUCGAGGCCGCGGGGCUCGAGCGCCCCGCCGUGAACCAGGUCGAGCUGCACCCCUGGCUCCGGCGCGACGGCCUCGCGGCGUGGUGCGCGUCGCGGAACGUCACCCUGGCCGCGUACUCGCCCCUGGGCAAGGCCCGGCGCCUCGACGGCGCCGCGGCGACGCGCGCCGCGGCGGCCGCGGGCACGAGCCCCGCGGCGGCCGUCCUGCGCUGGGCCGUCGACCGGGGCCACGCCGUCGUCGUCAAGGCGGCGUCGCCGGCGCACGCGCUCGGCAACCUCGCGCUCGGCGCGGGGCCCCUGCCGCCGGCGGCGGCCGCGUUCCUCGACGCCGCGCCCCAGGCGCCGCCGACGGGCUGGGACCCGACGCGCCUCGACGGGGCCUGCGAGCUCCCGCCGCUGCCGCGCUGGCUCUGGGGCUCUUGGCGCCGGGCCUGGAUGCGCGGCGCGGCGGGCCGCGCGUCGACGGCGCCCGCCGCCUACGUGCAGACGCCCCUCGCCUUCGUCGACGUGCGGCCCGCGGAGGGCCGCGGCCUCGCCGGCGUCGCGCGCGUCGACGACGGCGGCGGCGUCGGCGACGAGGGGCCCGUCGUCGUCUGGCACGGCGCGCCCGGCGACUACCGCGACGCGUGCCUCGGCGCGGACAUCAUCGACGGCGCGGGGCUCGACGCGGGGCUCGUCUCCGUGGACGCCGGCGCGUCGCGGCCGCCGGCCGGCGCGGCGCCGCCGGGCUUCGCCUGGGACGAGGUCGCGCUCGGGGGCGACGGCGAGGUCUACGACCCGAGGGACGAGGUCGACGAAGCGCCCCGCGUCGAGCGCUGGGUGCUCCACGACGCGCCGGAGACCUUCGCGGCGGCGAGGCGCGGCGCGGAGCUGCUCGUCGUCGCCGGCGACGCCUUCGGGUACGCGGACGAGGCCGCGCGCGUCUACCGAAUCGGCCGCGUCUCCGCGGGCUGGGCCGUGGACUUGGCGACGGACGGGUCCGCGGGGACGCGGCUCGCGCUGGCGAGCCUCGACGG